UCCCUCCCAGCAACCGCCGCCGCCGCUUCGCCUGCGCCCCGCCGACCUCGCCAACAUGCUGCAGAGCAAGUCCUUCGUGAAGAAGACAAAGCAAGGGCGCGUCGUCAAGGUGGUCCGGGAGCACUACCUCCGCGACGACAUCCCCUGCGGCGCCGCCUCCUGCUCCUCCUGCGACGCGGCCGCGCGCCGCCUCAACGCCGACGCGGCAGCCAUCCUCGUCAUCGACACCAACGUCGUGCUCCACCAGAUCGAUUUGCUGGAGAAUCCAGCGAUUGAAGAUGUCGUCGUGCUCUCGGUGGUGCUGGACGAAGUGAAGAAUAAGAACCUCUCCGUGUACAACAGGCUCAAGGCCCUAUGCACCAACACGGCUCGAAGGUUCUUCGUCUUCACCAACGAACACCACAGGGAUACUUACAUCAAAGAGAUGGCCGGGGAGAGCCCGAAUGAUCGUAAUGAUAGAGCAAUCCGUGUUGCUGCACGUUGGUACCAAAGUCAUCUUGGUGACAGUGCCAGAGUGUUGCUUGUUACAAAUGAUCGAGAUAACAAACGAAAAGCUACCGAAGAAGGUCUAAAUGCAGAGACAGUUGAGUCAUAUGUAAGAUCGCUUGCACAGCCUGGUUUGCUUGAUUUGGUGGUUGUUCCAACUAGCGGAGAUAUUACCAUGGAAGAUGCAGAAGAUCUUAGACCAUCCAAAAGGAAAGUAAUUUACAUUGAGCAUAAACCUAUGUCAGAAAUUACAUCUGGUCUACGUUGUGGUAUUUACCAUCAAGGGAAGCUUCGAGUUAAUCGGUACAAUCCAUUUGAAGCAUAUGUUGGAAGUGAGAGCAUCGGCGAUGAGAUUAUUAUCCGUGGCCGUUCAAAUAUGAACAGGGCCUUUGAUGGAGAUAUAGUUUCUGUUGAACUUCUGCCACAAGAUCAAUGGCAUGAGACGAAGUCAUUUAUUGCAGAUGAUGAUGAAGAUGAUAAUGAAGGGGAUGUCCGUUUGGCUCCAGAUAGUGCGGAUGAUGCUCCACGAAACACCAAUUCCACGCAAUCAACAGUUGCUUCUGUCUCCAGCAGACCAGUUGGACGUGUUGUUGGUAUCAUCAAACGGAAUUGGAAUUCGUAUUGUGGAUCCUUGGAGCCAAUGCCCAUGCCUGCUGGUAGCGGGGGCGUUGCUCAUGCUCUAUUUGUGUCGAAAGAUCGUAGAAUUCCUAAGAUCCGGAUUCAAACUAGACAGCUGGGGAAUCUUUUAAAUAAAAGGAUUGUCGUUGCAGUUGACUCCUGGGAUGUCAUGUCUAGAUACCCAUCAGGACACUAUGUAAGGACUAUAGGAGAUAUUGGCGACAAAGAAACCGAAACAGAGGUUGUCCUAAUAGAGAAUGAUAUUAACACAAGACCUUUCUCUACACAAGUCCUUGCUUGUUUGCCAUCUUUGCCUUGGACAUUAUCACCUGAGGAUUUGGCUAAUCCCAAUAGGCAAGACCUGCGGCAAGUGAGAGUCUUUAGUGUGGACCCACCUGGUUGUAGGGAUAUUGAUGAUGCACUACAUUGCACGCCACUUCCAAAUGGGAAUUUUGAAGUUGGAGUUCAUAUUGCCGAUGUCACUAAUUUUGUCCAUCCUGGUACUCCUCUUGACGAGGAGGCUUCACAAAGGGCAACUUCUGUUUAUCUUGUUGGACAACGGAUUGACAUGCUUCCAAAGCCUCUAACUGAAGAUGUUUGUUCUCUUCGUGCUGAUACUGCAAGGCUUGCAUUCUCUGUCAUUUGGGAAAUGACACCUGAUGCUCAUAUCAUAGCUACAAGAUAUACAAAGAGUGUUAUCCAGUCUUGUGCUGCAAUGUCUUAUGUGGAAGCCCAAGCAAGAAUGGAUGACAGCCGUAUGGUCGACCCACUGACUGUAGACUUGCGGAACUUAAAUUCAUUAGCAAAGAUAAUGAGACAUCGGCGUUGCGAAAGGGGGGCUCUGACUCUUGCUUCAGCAGAAGUCAAAUUCGAAAUUGAUAGCGAAACUCAUGAUCCUCUUGACAUAGGAAUCUAUCAAAUUCGUGAGGCAAAUCAAAUGAUUGAAGAGUUCAUGUUGGCAGCGAAUAUUUCUGUUGCUGAGAAGAUUUUGCAGCACUAUCCCUUGUGUUCAUUGCUACGGCGUCAUCCUAGCCCAACAAAGGAGAUGCUCGAGCCAUUACUCCGUACUGCCUCUUCUGUUGGCCUAAAUCUGGACGCGUCAUCCUCAAAAGCAUUAGCUGAAUCACUUGAUAAUGCAAAGAGAGAUGACCCAUACUUCAACAAGCUUAUCAGGAUUUUGGCAACUAGAUGCAUGACACAAGCAGUUUAUUUUUGCAGUGGAGAUAUGAGCUUGUCUGAGUAUUACCAUUAUGGUCUCGCAUCUGCUCUUUACACUCAUUUCACUUCUCCUAUUCGCAGAUAUGCAGAUGUAAUUGUGCAUAGGUUGCUAGCUGCUGCUCUAGAUAUAGCAAAACUUCCACCAAUCUUUCAGGAUGGUCCACAGCUCACAGGCAUUGCUGACAACUUGAAUUAUAGGCACCGAAAUGCCCAGAUGGCAAGCAGAGCAUCUGUUGAGCUACACACCCUCAUAUAUUUCAGGACAAGGCCGGUCGACACUGAAGCUAGAAUAGUAAAGAUCAAGGCAAAUGGUUUCAUAGUCUUCGUUCCAAAGUUUGGCAUAGAAGGGCCAAUCUAUCUUACAUCGAAGGGAGACAAAGGGGGUGACUGGGUAGUAGACGAGGUGAACCAGAAAGUAACCAAGCCCGGAGCAAACAUAAGCUAUGCUGUGUUGCAGAGUGUUAUGAUUCAUAUGGAAGUGGUGGAGCCUCAGGCUCACCGCCCGAAGCUGCAGCUCACCCUCAUAUAACAGGAUGUACAAGUAAACUGUAAUAUUAGUGUGUCCAUACAACAUUGUACCAGGGUCAAUUCUUUAAUUCAACUUCGAUGAUUUUAUGAUACUAUUGAAUCAGCCAUAGAAUUUCUGUUUACUGAGUUGUGUGACAUCUCUCUUCAUUGAUGCUAAAAGUCCACCAUGUCCUGCUAGGCUGCUACAUUC